AUGAGUACUGAAGCAGAACAGCAGCUUCUUCAUGAUGCUAGAAACGGAAAUGCUGAAGAAGUUAAACAGCUGUUGGAUAUCAUGAACAAAGGAGAAAUAAGCUUUGAUAUCAACUGUAAAGGCAGAAGUAAAUCUAAUAUGGGUUGGACACCUCUUCACCUUGCAUGCUACUUCGGACAUGCUGUUGUGGUAGAGGAUUUGCUGAAGGCUGGUGCCGAUGUGAAUGUGCUGAAUGACAUGGGGGACACUCCACUCCAUCGUGCAGCUUUCACAGGACGUAAGGAGGUGGUGAUGUUACUCUUACAGUAUAACGCUGAUACUUCUAUCGUUAAUGGGAGUGGAGAGACUGCAAAAGAAGUUACUCAUGAUAAAGACAUAAGGAAUAUGUUGGAAGCAGUGGAAAGGACACAAGAAAGGAAACUAGAAGAAGAACUCCUAGGAGCAGCAAGAGAGGGAGAAACAGGGAAACUGACUGCCUUGCUGAACAAGCCCAAACCACCUGAUAUCAACUGUACAGAUCAGAUGGGGAACACACCAUUGCAUUGUGCAGCAUACCGUGCCCAUAAGCACUGUGCAUUGAGACUUCUAAAAAAUGGAGCAGAUCCUAAAAUAAGAAACAAAAAUGAUCAGACACCUCUUGAUCUAGCCCAAGGUGCAGAAAUGAAACUGAUACUGGGAGGUAAAACUGGAAAGGCUAUCAACAAACCCCUGAGACGAUAUGAAGGUCUCCUAUGGAAGAGCUCACGAUUCUUUGGUUGGAAGCUCUACUGGGUAGUUCUAGAACAUGGAGUCCUUUCCUGGUAUCAGAGACAAGCUGAUGCAGUGAAUAAUGAUCACCGUCAGGGAUGCAAGCAUCUAACACAAGCUGUCUGCACGGUAAAAUCUACAGAUAGCUGCUUCUUUUCUGUCAGAUGUUUUGAUGACACUGUUCAUCGUUUCAAGAUUCCUAAAAAUAGCCUUCCUUCUCAAACUAGAGAGAGUUGGCUGGAAGCAAUAGAAGACCACUCUGCAUAUAGCACUCAUUACUGCACACAGGAACAGUUGAGUAGUGAUGAUGAGGAAGAUGAUACAGUAUCUGUUACAGACCUACAGGAUACUCUGAAAAAAGCACAAGCAUGCCAACAACGACUGAGUAAAGAGAUUUCAGACUUUCUUGCAAUGGUUAAAUCUUUGGAUGCUACAAAAGGAAUAUCUUCUCUCCUCCUGCAAAAAGUUGAUGCAGUCUCCGAAGUAUCCCAGGAAACAUGUGAGGCCCUGGCUGACUGUCUCAACCUAUUCACAAAGCAAGAAGGG